AUGCCAGGUCUUCGGACAUCUUCUCUAAUCAACAUGUCAGAAACACUUCCCUCCACCACCAAUGAGCCUCCAGUUUCCACCUCAACUGCUGUUAGUAACACUCCAGCAGCAGCUCCAGGGACUGUUAGUAUACCUGCUGUAACAGUAACACCACCCCCUUCUGAAACUUCUAAAUCUGAUAUACCAAUACCAGAACCAUCUCUCCCUGUUGAAUCUCUACCUACAUCUUCUACUUUGCCGGAAGUCAGUCAGGCUGUGCCGGAUACUGAUGUGGGGGCUACACCACCACCACCGCCAGUUUCUGUUGAUUCUCAGGUCACCGAGCUUCAAACUACGAGUGCUCAGGCAGCCGCUCCAGUUACCACUGAGCCUGAAACAGCCACCCCAGUUGCCACCGGGGUUGAAGAAUUGAGUUCUCCAGCAUCCAUCACGACACCACCACCGCCACCGGUGUCUGUUGUUGCUCAGGCCACUGAGCUUGGAACUUUGAGUUCUCCGGCAGCCACCUUAGUUGGUACUCCGGAACCCACCACACUUGUCACCGCCCCAGUUGGUACUCUGGCAGUCACCCCACUUGUCACCACUCCAGUUAGUACUCCGGCAGCCGCCCCACUUGUUGGUACUCCGGCGGCCACCCCACUUGUCACCACCUCAGUUGGUACUCCGGCAGCCACUCCACUUGUCACCACUCCAGUUGGUAUUCCAUCAGCCACCCCAGUUAGUACUCCGGCAGUCACUCCACUUGUUGAUACUCCGGUAGCCGCCCCAGCUAGUACUCUGGAAGCCACCUCACUUGUCACCACCUCAGUUGGUACUCCGGCGGCCACUCCAGUUGGUAUUCCAUCAGCCACCCCAGUUAGUACUCCGGCAGCCACUCCACUUGUUGCUACUCCGGUAGCCACCCCAGCUAGUACUCCGGCAGCCACCCCACUUGUUGAUACUCCGGCAGCCACCCCACUUGUUGAUACUCCGGUAGCUACCCCAAUUGAAUCUCCUUCUGAAUCUGCACCGAAACAAGGGAGAGGAAGAGGAAGGAAGGUUCAAAGUAGACCGGAGGCACCGCGUCGCAGGGAAAGGAGGAAACUGGACACAGUAGAAGCUCAGGAGCAAAAACCUAAUGAACCACCACAGAAAAGGACACGAGCCUCUUCUAGUAGAAAAACUGUUGCUACAAGAAGUAUGUUAAGAAAUGAAGCUCAGAAGAUGAUGGACAUGGAUGAUGAUGAUCAGUCCACCCAAGCUGCUUCUAAGUUAGCUGAAACACCACUCAAAGAUUCCCCAGAUGUGAAACAACAGUCAAGCAAUGUAGCUGAUACCAUAAAUCUCCAUGGGGAGAAGAUCGAGAAACAAAAAGACGUUUCAGAGGCAACUGAAUCACAAUCAAUGACUGAUGAUGCUGUUGAAAAUACCAAGUCCAAGGAAGAUUCGGAUUCCAAAAAACUAAUGGAGGUUGAAAGUGAGUCAAAAUCAGAGACUCAGUCUAAACCCUCUGAAGAAGUUGAAAUUAAUCAGCCUCAAAAAGAUGAGGGCUUGAAGGCAGAAACAGAGUGCAGUGCUUCAGAAGAUGGUGGCAAGAAUGAAGAGAAAGAUCCUGUAAUCAAGGAUGGAGACACCCUGACUCUGGAGGCUAAUCCUCCUGCUGUUGAAGAAAGUGUUACUGAUUCUGUGCAGAAGUCACCAUCUCUUGAUAUGCAGAUUCAAACUGAGGCCACGUCAUCUAAAGAUGUGGAGGAUACCAACAAGACAUCACCACAGGGUAAAGGGGAUGAUGACAUUGAAAUUGAAAGAAAUAAUAAUGAUACAGAUGUUAAACCCACUGAAAAGGUUGAUGAUGCUUCCCAGAAAGAAAGUGAAUCCGGUGUGAUUAAGGAGGAUGUGUCUGAAGCUGAAGCACUUCCUGUCAUUACAGAGGGGGAUAAAGAAGAAGAGCAAGAGAAAUCUUGUGAAAAGAUGGAGGAUGAACAACUUCCUCCCAUGGUGGUGGAAACGGAAGCCAAACCUUGUGAAGAUGAUGACAAUGAUAACAAGAAGCAGGAGGAAGAUGAUGCUCAAAUUGAAACACCAAAUGAAUCAGAGAAAGAGAAAGAGAAACAAGAAGAAGGUUCCACUGAAAAUGGUCUGAAUAAAUUGGGGACAACACAGGAAGCAGAUGAACAAAAUGAUCCAACUAUUAAAACACAACAAGAACAAGACCAAAAUGAUGACUAGUAGACUAAGGCUAAACUAUUAUUAUUGUUAUUAUUAUUAUUCUAUGAACAAAAAGAUCAAAGUGUUUGUUAGGUGUGUGUAAUUAUAAUUAUAGCUGUUUAGCUUUGCUUGUAUUAUUGUACCAGUCUCAUUUUGGCAUAUGAUUUUAUCAAGGUUAAAUAUUUAUAUCAACAUGAUAAUUAAUAUCCAACACGUC